AUACGAAUAGAAGCAUUCCACUUCCUUGUUGUUUACAAAAAUAACGAUGGCGAACUUCGUUUUUAUAUUUGCUUUCUUUGCCACUAUUGUCAACCCGAGUGAAGUACACAGUUUCCAAUCGUUUGGAAAGUAUCUGAAUAUUGCUAAGCACCUGAAAAGCAAGGACGUUUCAGAUGGCAUUCACACACUUAAGGUGAAUUUAGGAAACGCUGCGGACCAUCUUCCAAGUCUUAUGAAAUCCGCUGUUGAUGAAAUGAAAAGUGAACACCAAAGGCGACGCCGGCAAAUAGACAACAAAAUUCCUAUAACACACACGUUCUCCUUCAAUGACAGUCACUCACAGAUGGUGAUUCACUGGGCAGGGGACAGCAGUGGUGUAAUCAUUUCUCUUACCAAAGGUGCCCUUGUUGUUGGUAACCCAAGCCUUCACACAAGUGACGUCUUCAUUUCCUACGACUAUGGGAAAACAUUUGAAUCAAAGAGAGAUUAUCUUAAACUGUAUGGUCAGUCGUACGCACUGAUUUCGCAGUUCAUAAGCAAUCCAGUGUACAGAAGUCAUUAUUUCUUCGUCGAUGAGGCUAACAGCUUUAUUUUUUCAACGAGAGAUUAUGGCAGAACAUUCUCUGCAACACAUGUCUCGUUUAAACCAAACACCAUUAGAUUCCACAAGGAUAACUACCAAUAUGCCCUGGCCAUGGAUGAGACUCCAGACAAGAGAAACUUGUACAUGACCAGUGACUUUGGCUUGAACUGGCAGCUGGUUGCAUCUAGGGUGAAGACAUUCUAUUGGGAGGAUGACCGGUAUGGGACCAACAAAACGUGUGUCUACAUCCACCGGACCACAAAUGACCUCGUUGGCAGCGUCACCCGCACAUGUAGCUUCUUCAAUUCCUGGGAGGAGACGCUGCUGUCGCAGGUUCAUGACUUUGAGGUGCAGGGACCCUACAUGUUUGCAAUCAGGAAUCUGCGGUUGCUCGGAGCAAAAGAAGACACGCACCAGUUCUUUGUUUCGUACUACAGGGGUGAUUUCCAAAUGGCACAGUUUGAUCACAGCCUGAAAAACCUGGAUUACUUUGUGGCUGACGCGACUGAAGACCAGAUAUUCCUGUGUGUGAACCAUGGUGAGGGCUCCACCCAUCUGUAUGUGUCUGACGUGAAUAGCACGCAGUUCAGCCUGUCCCUGGAUGAUGUACUCUACUUCCACCCAAACGGAUCUAACAAGGACAGCUGGCUAAGGAUAUACAUGGACGAGCCAUUUGCAGACCUCCACAAGGUGGAAGGCAUGAGAGGCGUGUAUAUUGCCACUCAGCUUAUUGACAAGACGCUGAGUCAAGACCAUCAGAGGACGCUGAUUACGUACGACGCUGGUGGAGAAUGGCAGCUGAUUGAAGCCCCACAAAGCAACUCUUAUGGCCAGAAUGUUAAUUGCUCCUUGAAUAAUAACUGCUCCCUCCAUCUCACUCAAUUGUUUGACAGACUGUAUGCUGGCAGUAGAACUACGCCAUUAGUUUCUUCAGACUCCGCUCCGGGUAUCAUAAUCGGGUCUGGAAAUGUCGGUUCAAAGAUCCAUGUAGAUGAAUCUGUAGGGAUCUUCCUUUCAACAGAUGCUGGUUUCUCGUGGAAUCAGGUGUUGCUAGGGAAGCACCUGUUCAACCUGGCUGACCACGGGGCCCUCCUGGUGGCAGUGAAGUCUGGAGACGUCACCAACUCAAUAGUUUACUCGACUGAUAACGGUGAGACUUGGAAGGAAUACUCAUUCUCAUCUGACAAGAUGCUUGUGCACGGCUUGCUGACUGAACCAGGGGAGAAGACGACGCAGUUGUUCAUGUUCGCAUCUGACCCCCCUCCUAAGCCUCAUUCUUGGAAAGUCAUCUCUCUCAACAUGUCCACUGUAUUUAGCUAUCCGUGCAGUGAUAAUGACUACAAGGAUUGGUCUCUGCCAGACAACACGGCAUUAAAAGGAUGUUUGCUGGGCCGUAAACUUGUUAUCAGAAGAAGGAUCCCACGCACCAACUGCUACAAUGGGGAAGACUUUGUUCAUGUUACCAGCACCAGCAACUGUGCUUGCACCAGAGAAGACUUUGAAUGUGACUACGGGUACAAGCCCAUGUCAGGCACUUACAACAAGUUGCUUGUCUCUUGCGUGUUUGACAACGACUCCUCUGUGGACCCAUCUCCUAAGCAGCCCCGCCCCUGUCCCGCUGGGACCUUCUAUCCAGUCUCUCGAGGUUACCGCAAGGUGUAUGGUGACACUUGUGUGGGUGGAGAGGACCAGAUAUAUGCCCCUUUACAGUAUGCUUGCAGAGUUGAAGAACUACCUGAAGUGCUGAUCUAUUCCACACGAACAUCAAUCAACCGAAUAGUUCUGCCAGCAAGUAGGAGUUCAAGACCCAAUGUCCUGUUGGGGCCCUCAGUUGCAAAGAAUGUCUCAGCAAUUGCCUAUGAAUACUCGGAGAAUGGCUACCUGUACUGGGCAGAUAAUCAACUGAAGAAUAUCCAGCGAUUAUGUGAAGACGGUACUCACACAGUGGAGGUCCUACACAACACAAGCCUAAGCGAGAUAAGCUCCCUUGGCUAUGACUGGAAGGGACAGAACCUCUACUGGAUUGACAGAGGGGAUCAGGUUCUCGAGGUCUCCCGACGGGAUGGGAAAUUCAGACGCGAGCUCAUCAAGCACUACAGCCUGGUGAAUGCUCAUUCCCUCCAGCUGGACCCAGCUCAUGGAAAGAUGUACUGGGUGAGCGGAAACAAGGUGAUCCAGUGCUGGAUGGAUGGAACCAACAAUUCACUCACAGUGAUCUACACAGUGGUUCUAGGUGAUCCCAUUAGGGCUAUUACUGUCAACAGUCAGGCAGGGAAAGUGUACUCGUUUUAUGGCACUAGCAAUCUGGCGCAGACGAACAUGGAUAAUUUUGUGACUCAAAGGCUGCCGUGGAAUGUGACCUAUUUUGAUGUGGACAGUUUUACCUCCAUGGCUGUAUACAAGGGCAAUCUCAUCUUGGCUACAGGAAACGCAUUGAAGCAGUGCACUGAAACCAACUGUUUGUCACCAAUGGUUAUAGGCUCGAACAUCUUUGGAAUUACAGACAUCAUGGUCCUUGACACUCUGUCACAAAAUGGACUAAACAAUUCAUGCACCAACAAUGGUGGCUGUGCAGAACUCUGCCUGCUGAAACCUUCAACAAACCCUACUGCAUCCAACCCGUUAAGUCACACCUGUCGCUGCAGCACGAACACCACGUUGGCCGUGUAUGCGGCCAGUGAAGAUGAGAUGUGCUGUCCACAAGGGUUCAUAAAAAACUCAACGGGUCAUUGUGCCGCAUCAUCCAGCUGUGGAGCUAACAACUUCACAUGUGCCAACGGUCGUUGUGUGUCCUUGACGUGGAAAUGUGAUGGUCAAAACGACUGCGGCGACUUCAGUGAUGAGAUAAAUUGCCCCAAGGCAACAUGUGCUGACGGGUACUUCAGCUGCUCUAGUAGACAGUGUCUACCCAUGCGCUGGAAGUGUGACCAUGACAACGACUGUGGAGAUUUUUCAGAUGAGCUCAAUUGUCCUCGAGGGAGCUGUCACAGUGAGCAAUUCCAGUGUGGAGACGGUCGCUGUAUCAGCAAAAGCUGGAUGUGUGACAACGAUGCAGACUGCUCAGACCGCAGUGAUGAGAGGAAUUGUACAGCCAUUACCUGCCUGGAGAGUGAGUACAAAUGUCCUAGUGGCAUCCCUCAUUGCAUUCUACAAGACAAUGUAUGUGAUGGGUUCAACAAUUGUGCCAAUGGGGCCGACGAACUGCACUGCAACUCUACUGUGUGUCCUAGCUUUCAGUUUAAAUGCAUCAACGACUCAAAAUGUGUGUACUUCUCAUGGAAAUGUGACGGAGAUUUUGACUGUCCCGAUCACAGUGACGAGAUGAACUGCACUGCUAGCACAUCCUCAGGGCCAUAUACCAUUGCAACAACAACAAAAACAACACGUGUGUGCGAAUUCAGAUGUUCCAGUAGAGAUUUGUGCGUUCCACUGAGCUUUCAUUGUGAUGGAAUUGAUGACUGCGGGGAUAACAGUGACGAGAUUGAUUGCCCCUCUCAGAAGUGUGGGCCCGGUGACUUCCAGUGUAAAAACAACAGGUGUAUACCCAUGAACCAGAGGUGCAACAACAGGAACGACUGUUCAGAUUGGUCGGAUGAAUUAUAUUGCUCUUUCACCACUCCUUCCCCACCACGGUCCUGUCUGCUGGGCCAGUUCACCUGUGCGCAGUCCGGGAACCAGUGCAUCCCCCAUCCCAAGGUCUGUGACGGGAACCAGGAUUGCAGGAUGGGAGAGGACGAAAUGAACUGCAAUGCUUCCUGCAACAACACGUUGCUGUUUUCGUGUGGGAACGGCAUGUGCAUACCGUACAUUCUGACAUGUGAUGGAACCAUCCAAUGCCGCUCAGGCAUCGAUGAGAACCUGCCCAUAUGCCCAUAUCUGUUGGACACGCGCUAUACAGUAAAUGCUUUCCUGUCUAGUAGUAAUUGUACAGUUCGAUGGACGCCAUAUCCAAAUCCAACUGCCUACAUUUUGUCAUAUGCAUUCAAAUUGCAGAACAAGUGGCAGCAGCUCAAUGUGACAUUAAAUAACACCAACUCCACAAGCUACCUGAUAACUCUUCUAAAGCCGGCUACCACAUACUAUAUUACUGUGUUUGUCCUCUCGAACAGCUUAACCAAGAAAUACGCCAGUAUUGAAAGGACCACUGCUGAUGGAAUUCCUGAAAAGCCAUCCCAGCUUUAUAUCACCAUUCCAAGUGACUCCGACUAUCCUCCAGUGGAUGUAAUUAUUUGGCCUCCAAAAGUGACUAAUGGCCUUAUUGUAGGAUACAAUGUGUGUUUAGUAGAUUUCAGAGGCAUCAGUAUUUGUGAAUAUGAGCCUUCUACGAAGCACACUUUCACUACAUUUGGGGACAAGCCUCUGAAAGCAAUGCAGAUCUACUACGUAAAGGUAGCUGCCAAGACUUCUGCUGGGGAGGGUGAAUUCCUUGUAAAGAACUUCACAUACGGAAUGGACAAGAUAAUGGCAGUAGUUAUUCCAUCUAAUAUCUCCUCUGGCAAGGACUUUAUACAAAUGUUCUGGGUUGCUCCUAAGUCUAACAUUACGAUCGACAGUUACACCUUGGAGUAUGAUGAUGCCUGGAAUAACCCUGUGCGAUUAGAAACCAAUGGUACUUCAUACACAAUUACUCACCUGUGUCCAGGCACUGACUACAACAUCAUCAUAUCAGCCAACAGCAAGCAAUUUGGCCAGGGGCCACUAAACUCUGUGGAGGCAAAAACAACAGGUCUGCUGAUGGCUCCCCUGGGCCCAGUGAUGGGUAGAUUGGUGGACGACCCAACCAGCAUCAGCCUCAACUGGAGCAUUCCUGCAGGCUUGCCUAUCACACAGAACUUCACAGUGUUCUACCAUUAUGAGAGCCGCUACCUGGAGACCCACAACCUGAGAGGGUUGGCUAAUAGGGUCUAUGUCACAAAGAACUCCACGAUCAUAAGUAAUCUGACAGCUUGUGACGUGUACUUCUUCCGUGUGGCUGUCACCAACCAAGAUUGCAGCCUUUCAGAAAUAGUGGCACUCCAGACUGGCUCAGUUGAAACCUCCGCUCCAAAGCAUCUUAGCUUUAUAUUCAUUAACAAGACAGCUGGCAGCCUGAUAUGGUCAACAUGUGGAACUGAAAUUCCAACUGGUUAUUUAUUGAAAUUUGAAGAACUGGGAACAAACAACAAUGGAUGGCUACGAAAUGCAAAUUUCACUUCUUCUAUGGAUUUGAGUGGGCUCAAAAGAGGAGCCACCUACAAUAUCAGCGUGCAAAAAUCCAUCACUGACAGCGAUUGGUCAGAACCAUUCACUAUCAAGAUAGAUCCAUAUGGAAAACCCACAGAUCUUCUGUUCACCCUCAUGUCACUCACUAAUGGCAGCGGUUUACUCAAGUGGUUGGAGCCAGAAGACAUGCCCACGGAGAAAUCAUUUACUGGCUACCAGGUGCUUCUCUACUCCUUCGUGCCAACAGAGAUCAAGUGCCCCAGUGAUAAACCUGACCUUUACAAGCCUCUCACAGUCACUAAGAAGCCCCAAGCAAGCAUCAGUAACCUGGCCAGUGGAUACCUCCAUUGCUUCAUUGUCAGACUCAACAUGAGUGACGGGUAUUAUGGAGAGAAUAGUGACAUCUAUGAACAAGCCCUUGGUGCAGUGACUCCUCAGCCUGUUAUGGCUGACCAGGUGGCGCUGAGUCGAACCAAUCUCCUGGCAAUGAUUGUGGCGCCAGUGGUGGUGGUGCUAGUGCUGGUUGUGGUUAUCAUUAUCUUUGUCAUACGUCACCGACGUCUGCAGCGAUCGUUCCGAGCCUAUGCAAGCAGCCAUUAUGAGGCUCGAUCAGGAACCACAACCUUUACUGGGGCUGAUGAAUUGGAUGAAGAUGGUGAUUCUCCUAUGAUCAGGGGCUUCUCAGAUGAUGAACCGCUUGUGAUUGCGUAAAUGUGGAAAAUGAAAACCAGUUUGACAUUAACAGUCUGUGAUCACAUAUAUGUGGACUAAGAAAACCAGUCAACAAGCAGUAGAUAUGGCCCAGCAGUCACUUACAUAAUAAUAAGUCUUGCAUUUUUAAUUGAUCAAUAUCCUUUUACUUCUUGGAAUGCUGUCAAUGGAUUGAAAUGAAGCAUUAAUCAUUAAAAUUAAUGGAUGCAGAAACGGCAUCUGUGAUAUCUCAUUCUGUUCAAAUACAUUUUUUCAAGCAAUAAAAACAAGACUUAAGUUACUUUUGUUACAAUAAUUGAUAUGAUGUUUUUUAAUAUAAUUAUGCUCAUUUAUUUGUUACACGGUAAAUUUAACCAGAAUUUCCAUUGUUUUUGUUUAAAAAUAUGUAUAUAUAUGAUUUGUUAUUGUUUGUGUUUAUGCAAUAUAAUUUUGUUGAUCCUUAUGAAAUUGUCCAUUCCAUUGUAUUGAUUGUAACUAUAUUGACAAUUAACAAAAAUAAGCUAUGUUUUAAUUCAUUAUUAGAUGUUUUUAACGGUCAAUGAUUAAAGUAAAGAUUUAAACAAAAUUGACUUAAAACAAAAAGAUAAAUUGUUUACGUGAAAAAAAAAAAAACAACCCUUUAAAAGUUAUUCCUUGUAAGUUUCUUUCAUUAUACAAUAUAAUUAACGGUGUUCUUUCUAGAACAAUUACCACAGUGUCCUGCACAUGAUUUAUUCAUAAUACUUGUUGAAAUCAUGUUCAGAUAAUGACUUAAGAAUUUAAAACUAAAUUAAUUAGUUAUUAAUAACAAAAGCAUUACUUGAUAACUCAGAAAGAAAUGCAUUGAUAGGCAAUGAUUAACUGAUCUUUAAUUUCUUUGAUCAUUUAAAUUAGUCAAGAUCGAAGUCGUCUUAAAACAGAGGCUUUUGUUGCGUAACCAGUAUAGUUUGUAUGUCAUUUACAUUCCAAGAAUAAAUAUUUUAAAUCCAGUUAGAAAGUCAGGGAGACAUUUGACGCCUAAGUGACAUUGAGUUGUUUCCUUCCACAAUGGUGGCUUUGUUGCAUCGUAACGUGUGAGAAAUGGCAGGUUUUAUUUGUUAUUUACAAUCCUCUUUAUAUUUACAUCAACUGCUUCAGAAGUCAUUGAUAACAAUUGUUUAUUUUGUUGUUAAUUAGUCUCUUAAUGGGGUCAUAAUGCAUAUCAUAUCAAUACCAAAGGUGGUGGUGGGGGAGUUCUGUUAUAAAAGAUCUUGUUAUGCUCAUUACCUUAAUAAGAGUCCAUGGACUCACUAGUGGAUGUAUGUCUUUAUUUUGUGGUGCAUAAAAUAAAAAGGAUUUUUAGAAAAAAAAAAUAUGUUAUGAAUAUUUUUUAAUGAUUCGUAAAUGGGUACACUCAUUAUUCCGAGUAACCCACUAUUAGGAAUUUUGUGGUUUUAAGCCUUUCCUUGUUUCAUUUCAAAGAAAAGAUUUUAGAAAAAAACAAAUUUAUGUACUUUGGUUUGAUAUGCAAAAUUCUUUAAGCUAAAUUAGGUCUUGUGCACAUUUGUUAUACAUUUAUGGUAAAGAACAGUGACUUUUGACUCUGUUAAUACACAUGCACAUAAUUUUGACAUUUUUCAUCGUUUUGGGUCUUAUGUAAUAUUGAUAUAAUUUAGUUUUAUAAUGUAGUAUUUCAUGAUUGACUAAGUGACAAAAGUUUUCUUCAAAGAUCAAUUACUGUAUCCAAUCUGUGAACAGGUCCUAUAAAUGCAUGUCAGACCAGUAUGCAGUGAUAUACAGACAUCGUGAAAUAUGUUUAUGGUAAUAUCAGUGACUAUAUACAAGGAAAUACAUUUUUUUAGUUAAAGUUAUGUGUUUUUAGAUUACAAACACUAACUCAUGUUGUAACACCACGACAUAUUGUCAACCUACCUAGAUCUGCUGUUUUUCAAAAGAAUCUCAGUAAAUUGUAUUAGUUAUACAUUGAGUUUUAAGGUAGUUUUUUUUUAUGAGGUUGUGUACAUGGUAUUUUACUUAUACAUUCUUCUCAAGACUUUAUAAAGAAGUUAAAUAUUUGAUUCAGUGACACAUCUAUUUACAUUGUGAUACAGAACCAGCAAAUUAACAUAGGCAGAUAUAAAGGAUGUUGUUGUUGCUUUGUAUCCGAUUUACCAUGUCAAGCAACUUUCAAGAAUGUGUGUAUACUAUACUUUUUACUUAAAAAUCUCUUCAUACAAAUAUUCAACCCUCUGUAAACAGCUGAACAAUAUUUGUCUAUGCUUUGUUUUUUAAUAUGUUUCAAUGUUAUUUGUUUGUUUGUGGAGAAAAAAAUGAGUGCUAAAUUGUUUGAUUUUCUAUAUGCUUUAUUUGUUCUUUUUUGUCACUUUUUUGAAAUUGUUUCUUUUAUUGUUUUUUUGCUUGCCAUCCAUGUACAGUAUAUAUGUAAAUGAUUUUAACUAUGAUGCUUUAAUGCUUGCUUGAGAUUAUUCUGAGCCAAACUCUUCUUUCCCUGUUAACAUAUCAAUAUUGCAGCGGUUAUUUUAUAUGUGCUCAAUAACCAUUUUUACUUAACGUCUUUCUUCCUUUUCAUUCUUGUUUACUUAAAAAAUAUCAAAACAGAAAAUAUUUUUAUUCCAUAUAAUUUGAAUACAUAUUAUUCAAAAUGGUAUUUGCUCUGUUGCUUUUUCUCCAUAUAUUUCUGUUAUUCAAACAUCUGUUUAUUUGAUAUAAUCUCAAAAGUUCUGUUUUGUUUAUGUGAUCCUAAAUAAAUAAAUGGUAGCUUUAUCUUUAAACCAAUCGCUAACUGAAACUAAAAAGCAAAUUUUUCCUUAAUACAGAAGCUAUUUCUGUAUAUAAAUAACAAUAAGGAAACUAAAAAAUUUAGUUAAUUUUGUUGAGCGUCAUGUUGAAGGGAAUUGAUAAUUUUCAUAAUAUUAAUAAACUGAAAUUUGGUAUACAAAUUAAUAAACAUAAACAUUGUACAUUUUAUAUGAAUUCAAAAUUGUGUUGUCAAUAAUUUUGCCUGAGAGGUGUGUUUUAGUGAUGAAAUUUCAUAAAAUGCAUUAUUCUUGCAUUACAUGUAUUUGAAGCUGGAUAUGAUAUGCUUUUGAAAUUUAUAGCUUUAAUAUUGAGUCUUGUCUUAAAUGAUUUUUAAACAUUAUAAUAUAUUAUAAAUACCUGGCCUCCACCAAAAUCAUUGAGGGGACACACUGUAUCAUAUUUGCUUGUCAAUUUUAAAUUUGUGGUUCAUAAAAUGGCAAUGCGUUGUCUCUAACCCUUUCCCACUCUGCAGCAAAGUAAAACUGUCUAAAUGCAACCAGCAUAAAACCAGAAGAGCCUUCUAUUAACUCAAAGGCUUUUCUGGUUUAUGCUGUUUGCUGCUCACCAGGAAUGGAAAUUAAGCCUUUAAAUUUUUGUAUCUAUAAUAAAAGGUCUUUAAUUCAAUAUGAUUUUCUAAGGUACUGCAAAAGGUUCAUUUACAUACUUGUCUCUUGCAUGCUAAGGCAUUUUUGAUCCUAUAAAGCUGUUAUCCAUUCUGAUUCAUGAUUCUGUCAUAAUAAAAGUAUCACACCUCAGACUUAGUCUUAACAUAAUAUUAGAGCCUUUAGAUAUAAGUGUUAGAUUAUUAUUUUUUGGAUUUUGUAUUGUAUGGGUCAGAUAAACCCUUAAAAACUGCACAUGCACAAAAUGCCUGGGUUGUCUUGGUAUUCCAAUUUUAAAACUUAUUUUAUGUUUGAAUUAUUAAACAUCUCAGUAUAAUUUUACUUUAACCAUUACCACAGAAGAUAUAUGUUCAAAAAUAAUUUAUUACAAACAUCUGUUAAUUUGUCUAUGAUUCCUUUCAUUCUGUCUUAGAGACACAAUAUUUAAGUGUCAACGGAACUAGUGUUCUUGGUUGGAUGUUCACAUUAUUUUUCUUUGCUUUAAGCAUUUUCUGUGUAAUAUUGCCUUAAAGUUCCAUGUUUAUUUUUAUAGGAUCUGCAAAUGGUGUACUGUUAACUAGAAUGAUGUGCUGAAAUUUAAUUUUUGAGUUGCACUUUAAUUGAACACAUUUCUAUGUUGUUGUUUUUUUUCGGUGUAAGAAACACCUUUUGUUGAUGGAAGAAGUGAUUUGUUAUGUGGUGCCUUCAUAAGCAAAAAUGUUGCUAACACAUAUCACUUAUUUUUUUCUAAAACCGAUCUUCACAACAGAGAAAUGUUCGAUAUCCAUGUUCAAACUUGCUAUAUAACUUAAUAGUUCAAGCAUUUCUCUGCACUAAAGGUCUGGUUUAUUAUGUCUUUUGCUUGUAUUCUGAUUAUGAAAUAUUGCUUUCAUUUAAAUAAACGGUUGAACAAAAA